AUGUGCGGAGGAGACGCGAUCCCCAACGGUGCCAAUGGCCAUGCCAACGGCGAGACUGUUACCAAUGGCCAGAACGGCACGACCAACGACCUAUCCGGCCAUAGCAGCCACCCCAAGCCUACUGCCCCCGCCACCAACCCUUACGCACCUGUCCACGAUGCGCUCUCUAACGUGGCCAGCUACAAGCUGAUCGAGUCCACUCUUCGUGAGGGCGAGCAGUUUGCCAGCGCCUUCUUCGAUACCGAAACCAAGAUUAAGAUUGCCAAGGCUCUCGAUGAGUUUGGCGUCGACUAUAUCGAGCUGACUUCGCCUGCGGCGUCCGAGCAGUCCCGCAAGGACUGCGAGGCUAUCUGCAAGCUCGGUCUCAAGGCCAAGAUUCUCACUCACGUCAGGUGCCACAUGGACGAUGCUAGGCUCGCUGUCGAGACUGGUGUAGACGGACUCGAUGUUGUCAUUGGCACCUCGAGCAUCCUCCGUGAGCACUCUCACGGAAAGGAUAUGGAGUACAUCAUCAAGACCGCCGUCGAGGUCAUCAACUACGUCAAGUCCAAGGGCCUCGAGGUCCGUUUCAGCUCCGAAGACUCUUUCCGAAGCGAUCUUGUCGAUCUCCUCUACCUUUACAAGGCCGUCGAUAAGGCCGGUGUACACCGCGUUGGUAUCGCCGAUACCGUCGGUUGCGCUACUCCCCGCCAGGUCUACGACCUCGUAAGGACCCUUCGCGGCGUUGUUUCUUGCGAUAUCGAGACCCAUUUCCACAACGACACUGGCUGCUGCAUUGCCAAUGCCUACUGCGCUCUUGAGGCCGGUGCUACUCACGUCGACGUUUCCGUUCUCGGUAUCGGUGAACGCAACGGUAUUACUCCCCUCGGUGGUCUCCUUGCCCGCAUGGCGGUCAGCGCCCCUGAGUACACCAAGAGCAAGUACAAGCUUCACAUGAUCAAGGAGAUUGAGGAUAUGGUCGCCGAGGCUGUUGCUAUCAACACCCCCUUCAACAACCCUAUCACCGGUUUCUGCGCCUUCACCCACAAGGCCGGUAUCCACGCCAAGGCCAUUCUUAACAACCCCAGCACGUACGAGAUUCUCGACCCUGCGGACUUCGGCCUGACCCGCUAUGUCCACUUCGCGUCCCGUCUCACUGGCUGGAAUGCCGUCAAGACCAGAGUAGCGCAGCUCGGUCUCGUCAUGAACGACGAGCAGUGCAAGGAAGUAACCGCCAAGAUCAAGGCUUUGGCUGACAUCAGGCCUAUCGCUAUCGACGACGCCGAUUCCAUUAUCCGAGGAUACCAUCUUCAUCUUCAGGACCAGCACACGGUCCAGAAGACCACACCUGCCCUCGAGAACAUCGAUGCCCCUGUAGAUAGCACGGUGCUUUCUGCCGAGACCGCCGAGGCGCCGGUACCUGCCCAGUAA